UGAGAAGAUACACGCUGUUCAAUUUUUUUGUACAAUAUAUUUAUCAAUAAUGCUUGAAAAAAAUAAGAGAGAAACAAAACGGGAGUGAUGAUUUUCGAAAUUUGAUUUGUAUCGAAAUGGAAUUAAGAAAAACGCAAUAUUUAAGACAUUUCCCAAAUAUUGAAAAUGAGCAAAUAUUAAAAAGGUACACGUGUGCUUUAGUGAGCGAUUUUUUACGUCACGGGCAACUGUGUGUUACCGAAAAUUAUCUAGCAUUCCACUCUAAUAUAUUUGGUUACGUUACCAAGCUCUUGAUUCCGUUAUGUGGUAUAGAAGCUAUUACAAAGGAAAAAACGGCUAAGAUAAUUCCAAAUGCUAUAGGGAUAACCACUCCGGAAGGAAAAUAUAUUUUUUCAAGUCUUAUAUCAAGAGAUAAAACAUUUAAUUAUAUGACAAAAGUUUGGACGCAGGUUAAAAGUGAAGUUUCUAAUAUCGAUUUUUCGUGUUCAGGUUCAGGUUCAACUGUUUAUACAUCUGAAGAAGAAGAAGAAGAAGAAGAAGUGAAAAAAGAAGAAGUUAAUGAUUAUACUUCUUCCAGAAAUAUAAAAGAAAUUUCGUUACAAGAUUCGCUCAACUUUCAAUGGAAACAUUCAAAAAUCUACCACUUCAUAUAUUAUACGGCAAUAAUCCUCAUUGUUUGCCUUUUUAUAUCAUCCGGAAUAUUGUUACAACGAAUAUUUAAGAUACAUAGUAAAUAUUCAAAAGGCGUUGUAAUGGAGAAGGUGGUAAAAACAGGGCAGCAGAAAUCAUUUGGUUCCAUAAGCGGUUUCUUAGAUGAUAAGUUAUCUCUAGUUUCUACAGUGCGGGAAUCCUUGGAGACAUUUUAUACUUUAUUAGACAAGAAACAAGACGUCUAUACCAAAUAUUUUACGCACCAAAAAGUGUAAUCCUUUCUUUUUAAUAAAUGAAUAUGUCUAAAUGAAAA